AUGUUUCCACCCCCUACUGGUUAUGUUAUUCCAACAAAUCCCCCCUCGAUCGGAAUCAGAAUCGACGGUGUCGACCUGGACGAAUGGACAAUUCGAGUUCACAUCGCGGAGUUGAGUGGUCGAGAAUCUGACGUCUUUUUGAGUAUUAGGGAGCAGAGAGCAAUGGUGAUUUUUACUUUUAAAAGUUUGGGGACGGGCUUCAAAAUGAUUGACAAGUUGAUCAAAGUCCUUCUGACUGCUCUCAUCAUCGUAUCUUCGAUCUCCUCAACGGAUUCGUUGACAAAUGCCCUAGAUUGGAACAAGAGUAUCUUCGCCAAUGAAGACUGCAGAGAAGAACGACAACCAGUGGUCGAGUACUACCACCACAAUGGAAUGCAGUAUCUAUUUUUCUCGCAACGCGUCACAUGGGAGGAAGCCAGAAUGCUCUGCCGAAGCUAUAACUCACGAUUGGCACUCCUCGAUACAAUGGAGAAGGCAUUGGGUGUGGCACGAUCGAUAGCUGAAUCAAACAUAGUUAUGGAGGACACUUGGGUCGGAGGAAGGAGAAUCGACUUCGUGUGGUACUGGAUUGAUAAGGAAACAGGUCCAUGGAGAAAUGAGAUUUCCAUGGAGCCUAAUAUCGAAGAUUAUCCGCCGUGGAGUCGAGAGCCAACCAGACCGACUAAAGAGUGUCUGGCUAUUGAUCGGAGAUCACACGAGCAUCCGAUUUUUAUCGACGUUGAUUGCAGACUUCAGAGGCCUUUCAUCUGCGAGAAAAGAGAUGGGGAGGUUAUCAGCAGUCCAGUUCCUUCCAAGUGGGUUCAGAUUAAUCGCAAUACUUAUGUCUUGUAUCAUGGAAGGGUCACUUGGCGGGAAGCAGCAACUUUCUGCAGGACCAAGGGGGCGAGGCUGGCUAUUCUCAAAAAUUCUAUGGUUGUUAAUAUUCUUACUAAUAGUAUGGCGAAGACUAGACCAGAUUUUGAAACUGUAUGGAUUGGCGCAUAUUACUCAUACGGCCAGUGGGUUUGGAUGGCGACUGGAUCAGUUCUGAAUUCGCUAACGGACGAAGGUGGCUAUCCACCUUGGAGAUUCGGUCGUCCUGAGAAGAACGACGGCUGUUUAUUAUUGGAUAGACAUAUAGAAGACAAUUCUACAUUCGUGGAGGCGGCCUGUGAUCGCAAGAGAGAUUUCGUCUGUGAAGAAUAUUCUGAUGACGAAGAGGAUGAUUGGAUGGACGAACCAGUGCAAUUCUCCUUCGAAAACAGUACGUACAUAAUCUACCCAAUCCACAAAACCUGGAGAGACAGUCGAGAUUUCUGUAACGAAAGAGGAAGUGUCCUGGCGUAUGUGGAGCAUGCGAACGCAGUGAAUUUGGUUAUCGAAGCGAUGGGUGAUCAUCCCAGAGAGAUUGCCCACGUAUGGCUAGGGGGAGAAUACAAUAAGAGACUGGACGAAUGGCGCUGGAUUGGAAAUAACGAGAAAAUACUAAAGGAAAAGGACGAGUUUGGAUUCCCUCCGUGGGCGCAUAUCGACGGAGAGAUCGAAGCAGAUUCCGGCAGUACCUCAUGUCUGAAUUUAGACAGAACUGAUCAUGUCAAGCCUCACUUCUACGGACUGGAGUGCAACAGCAAACAGCCAUUUGUCUGUAAAAUAACAUGCGACAUACCUCCACCGAUACAAAACGGCAAUUGGAGCUGCAGUGACAUCACCGACGGCCGGCAAUGUCUCCUGCACUGCGAGGGCAAUCUGAUAAUGAUGGGAAUCAAAAAUGUUACCUGUAAAUUCAAAAACGGAUGGGUAUCUGGAAAUAAUCCAAUGGAAUUCCCCCUUUGUCUGCAGCCGAGAAUGUUUACCACAAGAAUGAUUCGAUCACUGAGUCAAGAUAUCCAGAAGAGCUCUGGAUAUUACAUCCUCUUGGACCAUUCAUCAUCGAAAUUGAAGCCUAUUCUCGUGGAAUUUGUUGAGCGCAUCGUCAUCUCAUUUCCAGCAUCGCGCAAUUUGAAAUUCGGAAUGACGACAUACCUGACCAAUCCUCCAACUCAUUUGCCAUUCAACCAGACAGACAAGUGCGCAGUGAUUUCAGCGGUUCGAUCAUUGCAAAACAUCACGUCUGACAUUAAAACCGCAGAUGUAAACAUCAGUUCAAUUCAAAAAGACAUUUCGAUGUACGCCGGCCGCAGAAUAUCGAUAAUUGCGGUAAUCGAUGCUAAGCGUGGAGCUGUUUACACAGAUGCUCUCAUGCAAUUCAAAGCAGUGGGGCAUCACAUUAUUGUUGUGGGACUCAGAGAGGACACUGAGACACUCCUACCUUUAGCAACGAUUGGUUUCAACAGGAGAAUUAAUUUGUUUUUGUUUGAGGAGGCUGACAUUGCAGCUGUCGUCAAUGAGAUCAAGAAUCACGAGAGGAAGCGGUCUAGAUGUUCAGACACCCCAAAAAUCGAUUAUUCUCCAACUUUUAAAUAUUUAGGAAUCAAUGAGACGAAUCCUUUUCCACAAGACACGAAGAAGAAUUUACCAGAACCGAGAGAGAGUCUUCCAUCAAUUCCUUCAGCUUCAACAGGCGGACAAGAGGACGAGAAUCCUUGGAAGUUGGUGACUCGUUCAUCCGCCACCCCUGAAUCUACCACUGAGUCAGAAUACGAGGAUCUGCAACUUCGCGAAAUUCAAAGAACCACUGCCAAAGCUGAUGCAAACCCCUCUCAAGAACCAAAUGCAAAACGUGAAACUGAUCUUUAUGAGGAAGAAGACUCCUAACUCACUCUCAAUUAUUUUCUUUGGCACUUUAUUAACGUAACAAAGUACGAAGGCUAUGUACAAUUAUCUUAGAGUAGUAUGGCGUGUCAAAUUGCAAAUCUUAAACAAUUAAAAAAAAUGCCUUGAAGAAAAUGACACGUCGAGGUUUGUAUGGUGAGAUGUAAAAGUUAAUAAACAGUUAGAAGUACGUUGUACUGAUAAUUAAUUCUAGAUUAUAAAAGUACCUCAAUAUUUGGAGAUAACGUACUCCAAAUCAAUGCCACUUACGUUAUUUUGAGUCAAA